CAGUCAGAGACUGCACUCUAACCACAGAACACUAGGGAUUUGAAUGUCAGUGGAACACUGAUAGCUUUAAGAAAGAAAAAAAUCCUGAAAUUGCUGAAAAAUGUCUAAGGUAUACAAGAAAACCUCUGGGAAUGGCGCACUUACCCUUUACCUGGGAAAGAGAGACUACGUCGACCAUGUUCAGAAUGUGGACCCCAUCGAGGGAGUGGUGAAAAUUGAUCCUGCAGACCUUGGAGGCAAGAAAGUGUUUGUGCAGCUGGCCUGUGCUUUCCGUUAUGGCCGUGAGGACCUGGAUGUCAUUGGACUGUCCUUCAGGAAAGACAUCUGGUUCAAGCACCUCCAGUUGUACCCUGCUGCUGACCACAAACCCACCCUCACUCCCAUGCAUGACUGCCUGCUCAAGAAGGCAGGAGAGCAGGGCCAUGCCUUCACUUUCGACAUUCCCGUAAACCUUCCCUGCUCUGUCACACUCCAGCCAGGACCAGAUGAUGCUGGAAAGGCUUGUGGUGUGGACUUUGAAGUGAAGACCUACAUUUCAGAUGUGGCAGACCCAGAAGAGAAACUUGACAAGAAAGACACUGCCCGUCUGAUCGUCCGUAAGAUCCAGUUUGCUCCAGAUGCAACGGGUGCUUCUGGUCCCAAGGCCGACAUCUGCAAGAGCUUCAUGAUGUCUGACAAGCCUGUCCACCUGGAGGCCUCUCUGGAUAAGGAGAUCUAUUACCAUGGAGAUCCGAUCAAUGUCAACGUCAAAGUCAAGAAUGAAACCACCAAAACAGUGACAAAAAUUAAAGUCACAGUUGACCAGACUACAGAUGUGGUGCUCUACUCCGCGGACAAAUACACCAAAACCGUACUUUGUCAAGAGUUUGGAGAGACAAUAGAUGCCAAUAGCACAUUUGAUAAAUCCCUCACCAUCAUCCCCCUACUGGCCGACAACAAGGAGAAGCGCGGUCUGGCGCUGGACGGCAGACUGAAGGAUGAGGAUACAAACCUAGCCUCCAACACUAUUAUGAGAGACGGUAUGGAUAAAGAAGUGUUGGGAAUCUUGGUCUCCUACAAAAUCAAGGUCAACUUGAUGGUGUCUUCAGGAGGCUUGUUGGGAGGUCUCACAGCCAGUGACGUACAGGUGGAGCUCCCCUUGAUCCUCAUGAACCCCAAACCCCAAGGUAAAGUAAUAUUGUUACCUAAUGAAUAAUAGGAUUUACCAUAUCUAAUUAACUGUCAAAGUACAACUGAUGUGAUGAGGGUGCAAUGUCUCUCUCUCUACUCAUUCAAGGUUGCUAUUCAAUGUUACUAAUGUAAUCUUUCAACUCUUUUCCCUUCUACAAAAUCAACCCCAUUACAUGAGCAGAUGUGUGAGUAAAACAUUAUAGGAUAUCAUUUUUAAAUACGCAUUAGUGGCAUACACCGCAGUGUUCAGCUCUAAUGAAACGUAGUCUGUGUUAUGCACAUUUUAAAGUCAUUUUGAACUGCCUCGUGACCUUGUGCUAUUUUCGUGUUUCCUUUAUGAUCUGCAGAGGUCUCCCGGUGGGAGAGUAAAGAACGCAUGUUACCCUUGAGGCUGAUUCCCUUCCCCCAGCAGAAGAAAGACGAGGAAUGAGGGACUGCAAAGUUCAAUGGAGCAAAGCUGUUGAUGGCUGUCCAGAUUAAAAGGCUGAUGACCAAAGCAAAGAAGAAACUGGAAUACCUCAUAGGAAGAACCAUCAAUGAAAAAUGAUAACAGCUUUAUAUGAUGUUGAUAUCUCUCACUAUUGCGGGCAUUUUAGUGUUGUAUUUGAGUGGUUUUGUCAAUGUGAGCCUGUAGUACCUGUACUGUAAUGUAGAUAUCCAGCCAUGCGUAUGAGUCACAUCAUUUCAAACGUAGCUUAAUUAACCAUUCACUCUGUACUUCUCACAUAAAACCAAGGGGGGUUAAUGAACACAUUGAGUAUAAAGGGGUUUAUUGGUUUGCGGAUAAAACUCUCACCUAAACUACUCCAUCAAACAGGGAGUCCGGUAGUACUCAGUUUAUCAUAUUCAAAGAGUUGUGUUUUUCUGUGGUAUGUAUGUAUGUUUUGGACUGAUACGUCAUUGAACCAAAUAAAAACAACUCAUAUACUUCUAA